UUUCAGGCAGGGAUGAAAUAGUAGAGAAAUGCAUCUGCAUACUGCAGAAUUCCUGUAUAAAUGUGCACAGCAUGGAGGGGAAGGAUUACAUCGCUGCCUUACCUUUCCAGGUGGCAAACGUCUGGCCAACAAAAUAUGGGUUGCUGUUUGAGCGUAGCAGUUCUGCCCAUGAAGUCCCUCCAAGCCCACCCAGAGAACCUUUGCCUACCAUGUUCAGCAUGCUACACCCAUUAGAUGAGAUAACACCACUUGUCUGGAAGUCUGGAGGGGUGCCUGGCUCUGCUCGAGUGCAGUACGUCGCCGACCACGCCCUGAGGAUCGUGUUCCUCAGUGCUGAGCCCUCCAUGGUGAUGACCUAUGACACCCUGCAGAGUUCACACACAGUCUGGGCCCUUCGGCGGGUGAAGCCAGAGGAGCAGAACACGGUGCUGAAGUUCUCAGAGCAGAUGGGCACCCCUCAGCACGUGCCCACCAGCAGCUCUCUGACCGCCCACCUCCGAAGCUUCUCCAAAGGGGACUCCCCAGUGGGGUCCCCCUUCCAGAACUACUCCUCCAUCCACAGCCAGAGCAGGUCCGUGUCGUCGCCCAGCCUGCAGUCCCGCUCGCCAUCCAUCUCCAACAUGGCAGCUUUGAGCCGCUCGCACUCCCCCGCCCUGGGGGUGCAUUCUUUCUCUGGGGUGCAGAGGUUCAACUUCUCCAGCAGCACCCAGUCCCCCAGGAGGCACAGCCUGACCCACUCGCCCAGCAGCACCUGCAGUGAGUCCUUCCUGCUGCCAGACACGGAGCCCAUCGUGCCUGAGCUCUGCAUGGAUCACCUCUGGACAGAGACACUCACCAGCCUGAGAGAGAAGAAUUCCCAGGCCUCCAAAGUGUUCCUCACCACUGACCUUUGUGGGCAGAAGUUCUUGUGCUUUUUGGUGGAAUCCCAGCUGCAGCUGAGGUGUGUAAAAUUUCAAGAGAGCAACGAUAAGUCCCAGCUGAUCUUUGGUUCUGUUACCAACAUUCAAGCCAAGGAUGCAGCUCCAGUGCAGGGCAUUGAUACACUGCUGGUGCUGGAAGGCAGUGGGAAUCUAGUGCUGUAUUCUGGAGUGGUUCGGGUGGGGAAGGUUUUUAUUCCUGGGCUGCCUGCUCCAUCCCUGACCAUGUCCAACCCAAUGCCUCGGCCCAGCACUCCCCUGGAUAGUGUCAGCACUCCAGCCAAGCCUCUGCAUAAGCACCUGGGGCCCCUGGAAGAGGGGGUGCUUUUGUCACCAGUUCCAGAGCUAAGGGAUGCUUCCAAACUUUAUGAUUCAACUUAUAUUGAAGAUUGUACUUUCCAGCAGCUUGGGACUUUCAUCCAUGCUCUGAGAGAUCCUGUCCACAACAGGGUAACCUUGGAACUCAGCAAUAACACAAUGGUUCGGAUUACCAUCCCUGAAAUUGCCACUUCAGAACUAGUGAAAAGAUGCCUGCAAGGGGUCAAAGCCAUCCUGCCCAAGGAGGUUGCAGUGCAGAUGCUUGUCAAGUGGUACAAUGCUUAUAAUGCUCCAGGAGGACCAAGCUAUCACUCAGAAUGGAAUUUAUUUGUGACAUGCCUCAUGAACAUGAUGGGUUACAACACAGAGAGACUCUCCUGGACAAGGAAUCUUGAUUUUGAAGGAUCACUUUCACCAGUUAUUGCUCCAAAGAAGGCUAGACCAUCAGAAAUAGGGUCAGAUGAAGACUGGGAAUAUCUCCUGAGCUCUGAUUACCACACGAAUUUUGAGUCUCAUCCUGUUGCCAAAGCUUUGAGGCUGGACCCUCUGGAAAUUUCAGCUCCAAAGGAUGACUUCUCACAGAGCCUUAGUUUGGAUUCCUCAACCCUCCUUUUCACCCACAUUCCUGCCAUUUUCUUUGUCCUUCACCUCAUCUAUGAGGAGCUCAAACUGAAUAGUCUCAUGGGAGAAGGAAUUCGUUCACUUGUUGUUCUUCUGGUCCAGCUGGCCAGGGACUUAAACCUUGAAGCUUAUAUAGAUUAUUACUACAGAGACUAUCCAGCCCUUGUGAAAACCUCCCGACAGAGCUGCAUAAUUGAUCAAGGUUUCAUGCACCACCCCUCCUUUUUCUCUGCUGAGCCUCCAAGUAUCUUCCAGUGGCUGAGUUGCUGCCUGAAGGGAGAAGGAGUGCAGCCUUACCCCUACUUGCCAGAUGUCUGUGAAAGGAGCAAACUGGUCGUACUGAGUUCAGCUCUGUACAUCCUUGGUGACGAGAGCGCCGUGUCUAACGAAGCCUCCCAUUAUUUGUACAAGAUUACAUCAGGACAACGAAAACCACAGAUAGAGCAGGACAACGAUCGAUGCAGUUUCAGACACAGCACAUCUGUGUCUAGCCUGGCUGAGAAGUUAGUUCUUUGGAUGACUGAUGUUGGUUUCACCUUGAGAGAUCUGGAGUCUCUCCCCUUUGGUGUGGCUCUUCCCAUCAGAGAUGCAAUAUACCACUGCAGGGAGCAGCCUGCCUCAGACUGGCCAGAAGCAGUUUGUCUCUUGAUCGGGCGCCAGGACCUCUCCAAACAGGCCUGUGAAGGGAACCUGCAGAAGGGGAAAUCU